CUCCAGUCGCGGGACUUUUUGCUCUCUGUUGCUGGGUCUCUCAGGCAGCCACCCCUCUCAGGCAGCACUCGCCCAGGCACCGGUCCUGCCCCGCGCUCCCUCCCUCUGCCUUUCACUUCCCAGCUGCCAACAUCUUGGAAGCUUUGAAGCUCAGCAAAGAAGGGAAAUCCACUGAGAAUAGUCUGUAGAGGGUCUUGAGUAAUUCAUUCCAUCUUGGUGGAACUUCUGCUGGCCAGAACCCACAACUGGUGACGAACCCACAGAUUACUACUUGGGUACUGCAGGUAUCCUAGGACUGCCUGCCUGCCGAGACCUUCUAUCAAAUCUUCGUGCACCCUGCUGUUGAGCAUCCAAGGAAGUGACAGUAUUCAGAGAGUCUUCACUGUGAGGAAAUGUCAUUCAGAUUCGGCCAACAUCUCAUCAAACCCUCUGUGGUGUUUCUCAAAACGGAACUGUCCUUUGCCCUGGUGAACAGGAAACCUGUGGUUCCAGGACAUGUCCUCGUGUGUCCCCUUCGGCCAGUGGAGCGCUUUCGAGACCUGCGUCCCGAUGAAGUGGCCGAUCUGUUUCAGGCAACCCAGAGAGUCGGGAUGGUGGUGGAGAAGCAUUUCCAGGGGACCUCUCUCACCUUCUCCAUGCAGGAUGGCCCAGAAGCCGGUCAGACUGUGAAGCAUGUUCACAUCCACGUUCUUCCGAGGAAGGCUGGAGACUUUCACAGGAAUGACAGCAUCUAUGAUGAGCUCCAGAAACAUGACAAAGAGGAGGAGGACUCCCCCACCUUGUGGAGAUCGGAGGAGGAGAUGGCCGCAGAAGCUGCAGCGCUGCGGGCCUACUUCCAGUGAUGCAGGCAUGAAAGAACUGGAACAGAUCCUAGAGCGUGAGGAAAUGGGCCUCGUGCUCUCGGACCCCGCGGCACUGGAGAUGAAGCUGAGCAGCCUUUAUGAGCUCCUACAGUUCCACAACCUUCCGCAAAGCAUUUUAUUACACUUGUGGAAGCCACUGGGGUUAUGUUUCAAUCACAGUGACUGACAGGCCACCUUCAAAACAACGGCGCCGACAGCCCGUCCACACUUCCUUGGCUGUGUACUUAGAAUAGAACCUUUUCUAAAUUGUCCCUUGGCCUGGAAAGGAAUAAAAUGAUAGUUAAAAUA